AUGGGUAGGUUUGGGGCAGUAUCAUAUAGACAAGUUAGGAUGAGUGAAUCCUAUACAUCUGAUGAAAAUGAAAAUGAAAAAAAGCCAAGAUGGUUUCAGCCUAAAAAAUGGUUAAAGCAAACAUUACCAGAAAGUGUUAGUAAAAGAUUGUUCACAGAAACUUUAGAAGACGAAAUAGAAUUAAGAAUAAAAGAAGGUGGCAAAACUAGAAAAGAAGUAGAGAAUGACUUGAUAUCCCAAAUUCCUUUAUCUCAAUUAUCAGUUACCAACAUUAACAAUAUUAGAAGUAAAGAAUCGGAGCUUGCUUUAAAGAAACCAGGUUGGGUAAUGGCAGGGAAAAUGAUUAAACUACUUUUACCUUAUUAUUGGGCCAAGGGUAAUCUCUCGUUGAAAAUUCGUGUAAUUGUUUGUGUUUCAAUUAUUUUUGCAAGUAAAUUGUUAAAUCUUUACACACCAAUUCUUUUCAAGAAUAUUAUUAAUAAUCUUCCAGCACACGUACCUUGGCAUUGGCUUGUUGCAUAUGGUCUAUGUACAUUGGUUCAAAAGUGUAUUUGGGAUAUUCGUGAUUUAAUUUUUCAAGAUGUUAGUGACAAUGCUGUAAAGCAUAUUAAUUUAGAAACUUUUGACCAUCUCUUCGACCUAUCACUUAGUUAUCAUUUAAAUAAAAGAACAGGUAGUCUAAUCAAAAUUGUAGAAAGAGGUGCAAAUAGUGUAGUUCAAUUAUUAUCAUUACUCUUAUUCAAUAUCUUCCCAACUCUUUUAGAAUUAUUCACUGUAACAGUAUUUUUAUUAUUCUCUUAUGGAUCUGCUUUUGCCGUUAUCAAUUUAUUUUCUUGUUUACUUUAUAUAGGUUUCACAUUAUUUUUAACUGAAUGGAGAACUCAACAUAGAAGGUUAGCAAAUAAAAAAGAAAAUGAAGCAUCAGAUAUUAAAGUCGAUUCAUUAAUGAAUUUCGAAACAAUUAAAUAUUUUACUGCCGAGGCUCACGAAAGAAAGAGAUAUGAAACCUCAUUAAACGAAUAUUUUUAUGUAAACAAGAAAUCAAAGGUAUCAUAUUUUAUUUUAAAUUUUGGUCAAGCAUUCAUCAUUAUAUUUGGUUCUAUUUUAGGUCUAUCACUUGCAGUUUGGAGAGCAGCAGAACAACCAUCAUUUAGUACUGGUGAUAUCAUUGCCAUUAAUUUAUAUAUAGCUCAAAUGUUUGCACCACUAUCAUGGUUGGGUACAUCUUAUAGAAUGAUUUUACAAUCUUUUACAGAUAUAGAACAACUAUUCGAUUUAUUGCACACUGCCCCUGACGUUGCUGACUCCCCAGAUGCCACCGAAUUAAAUUUAUUCGACCAUUUAACAGGUCAUACAAGAUUACCAUCGGUCGAAUUUAAAGAUGUUCAUUUCUCCUAUAAAUCAUCCCAAGCUGGGUCAGCUAAAAAUAGUGAAGGUAAUGUCGAUGUAAUCAAAGGUGUAUCUUUUUCAAUUCCAGCCGGUAAAUCUGUGGCUCUUGUAGGCAGUAGUGGUGGCGGUAAAUCAACACUAUUCCGUUUACUUUGUAGAUUCUAUGAUGUUGACCAAGGAGAAAUUUUAGUUGAUGGUCAAAAUGUUAAAAAUUUAACUCAACUCUCACUCAGAAAAAUUAUUGGUGUUGUACCACAAGAUAUCGUACUAUUCAAUGACACAAUUGCCUAUAACAUUGGUUUUGGUAAUAGAAAUGCUACUGAUGAUCAAAUUAUAGAGGCUGCAAAGAGAUCUCAAAUUAUGGAAUUUAUUAAUAAAUCACCAGAAGGUUUCAAAACAGUUGUAGGUGAAAGAGGUCUUAGAUUAUCAACAGGUGAAAAACAAAGAGUUUCAAUUGCAAGAGCCUUAUUGAAGAAUCCACCCAUUUUAAUUCUUGAUGAAGCAACUUCCUCUUUGGAUACAUUCACCGAAAGAAAUAUUCAGAAUGCUCUUAAUGAAGUUUCAUAUGGUCGUACAACACUAGUAAUUGCCCAUCGUUUGUCAACUAUUGUAAACUGUGAUGAAAUUAUUGUAUUAAAGAAAGGUGUAAUAGCAGAAAGAGGUACUCAUAAUCAACUUUUAGAAUUAAAUGGUGAAUAUGCUUUACUUUGGAACGAACAGGCUUCAAAAAAAGCUACAAAUACAAUUCCAAUCGAAUAA